AUGUUGAGAGCACAAGUUAGAACCAUACCUAGAUUAACAGUCCCCUGCAGGUCGUUAUAUACCUCAGUAUUGGACUCAGAUAUCAAUAUCACUAAAAAUGGUAAAGUAAAUUUGUCUGUUGGUCCAGGAGGUCGUUCGUCAAGAACUGGAUACACAGCAACAGUUUUUGGUGCUAGUGGGUUCUUGGGACGUUAUCUUGUAUCAAAGCUUGCCAGACACGGUACUACUACAAUUGUUCCAUACAGAGAUGAUUUAAAAAAGAGAUUUUUGAAAGUUGCCGGUGACUUAGGAGUUGUCAAUUUCGUCGAAAUCGAUGCUCGUAAUUUGCAAAGCAUACAAGAUUCAGUUGCUCAUUCAGAUAUUGUUAUCAACUGUAUUGGUGCUGACUACAACACCAAGAAUUUUUCCAUGGCUGAUAUCAAUAUUGCUUUGGCCGAAAGAAUUGCUCAAGCUACUAAAGAUGCUGGUGUUCCAAGAUAUAUCCAUGUCAGUUCCUACAAUGCUGAUCCAAAGUCAGAAUCAGUAUUUUACGCAACCAAAGGAGUUGGUGAACAAGUUGUCAGAGAUAUCAUCCCCGAUUCCACAAUCGUCAGACCAUCUCAAAUGUUUGGAAGAGAAGACAAUUUGUUAAAUUACUUAGGACCAAAAAUUAAAAUGUGGACUCCCAAUAGAAACCAAAAACAAAUUUACCCAGUUCAUGUACUUGAUGUAGCUAGAGCUUUGGAAAAAAUUGCUUAUGACGACUCCACUACUGGUCAAUUGUAUGAAUUGUAUGGACCAGAGAAAUUGUCAUACCUAGAUAUCAGACAAAUGAUUCAUGGUAUUACUGAAAACUAUGCACAAGCCGGUCCAAUCAGUUACAAUUUCCACGACUAUGACUUGCCAUUGCCUAUUGCUAAAUUAAUCGCACAAGCACAACAAUUAGUAUGGUGGAAAUUGUCAAACCCAGACCAAAUGCAAAGACAUAUUAUAGAUCAACAUAUAGACCCUGCUGCUAAAACUUUUGCGGACUUGGGCUUACACGAUCAAACCAAAUUGGCUGACGUAUUGUUCAGCUAUGUUAAACAAUGGAGACAUCCAUUGAUUGCCCAAAAAGGUGGUCCUAAUCACAAGAAGUUGGAUGAAUUGAGAACCAUCCAGCAUUUUACUGAUUAA